AGGGAUGUUUGGAAUGCCGGGGCAGGCACAGCUCCCCCGUGCCAGCCGUGCCCUGUGAGGGCUCCCCAGGCUGCAGAGGUGGCACUGGUUUUAUCCAGACCCUGGGCCAGGGAAGCUGCCGGGCUGGGGAAUCCCAGCAGCCCAAAAGGAGCAGCUCUGCGAGGUGCUGAGCUGUGCCACUGCUGGAUUUUGGUGACUGGCACCGAUUCAGGCCGCAGCUCUACACCUGCCUGUCCCCAGCACAUCUGUGGGAGCCCAGUGUGGGUCCCCCAGCCUGGGCACAGAGCUGGAACCUGCCUCCCACCCCAAAGCCAGCCCCUCGUCCCUGCCACUGCUGCAGCCAGAGUGCAGAGCUGAUGGGAAGCCCAUUCCCUGCUGCUUUCCAAAACCAGCAGGCAUCAAGGCCACCAAAGAGGAAUGUUUCUGAGAUACAUCAGGCACUGUGAUGCCAGUAGUGCCCAGACAGAUGAAAACAUGAAUUUGGAGGGGGGAAAUGUGGGAAUGCAGCAGGCACAGCCAGUGAUGGGGUGCCCGGGGUGGGCACACGUGGAGCAGAGAUACAGGAGUGGGGUCCCAGGGGGGAGAACAAGGGAAGGGUCUGCAGGAAGGGACAGACCCAGAGCUGACAUUUGUCCUCCCAGCCCGACCUGUGCCUCCAACACUGCAUUCCCAGGCAGGCAGCCUGCUGGAAAAUAAGGCCACUGCUCUGUUUAUUGAAUACAAUUGUUUCUCGAGGGUAAUUCCUGCAAGCAGACCUAGAGUCUGUCUGAAGGGAACUCUUGGUGAAUGUGGACAUCAGUUCAACAGUUCCCUUGGUCCCAGCAAUUACUUCCAACCAUUUGGGAAAAAACCCAGCUGUCCUGUUUUUAUUUUGGCAGAACUUUGUGAUAAAACAACUCCUUUUCAUACAGACAGGCGCUGUUUUGGAGUAGCUCAUGUGGCUGCUGGAAGGGAGAGAGCAGUGUUAUUUAUGUCCCUGCACGGUGUGCCUCAUGGGAGGGGAAAAUCAGUCACUCAGGAGCUUUUGUGAACAGGGACAGCUUUGGUCACUGCCUUGGGCUGGCUGGCACCUGGCAGUGUGGGCAGCUCACCCCAGGCUGUGCUCCUGACCUGUGUGGAAUGCCCACUGGGUGGACUUCAUUUCACUGCCUGCUGAGCUGUCCUGGGCUGCUUUUUGGACUCUCAGCUCCCACUGUGCCCUGAGCAGUGGCACCUGACACCAAAUCCUGCUCUGGGCUCUGCUGGCACGGGAGCAGCCUGACAGGAACCUCAGCUUUGUGCCGCACAAGGUCUGCCCAGGGCUCUGGAGGCUGCACUUAGUAACCCACACAAUGCCCACGCAGCAUUUAUCAGUCCCAGGCUGUUGUCCAGCUCCAUCCAGGUGUCUUUGCAGGGAGGAACAGCUUUGGUUGCUUUGCCCUCUGGCUGCUGGUCCAGCUGUGCCAGGCUCCCUGCCCACAAGGAUUCUUCCCAGCUUUCCUUCCUGCCUCAUUUCCUGACCCAUCACAGCAGGGCUGGACCUUCUGCCAUGCUGCCCCUGCAGUGUCCAAGCUCUCAGCCUCGAGCUGCUGCAAGGACUUUGUCCUGCUGUCACCGAAAAUGGGGAGUUAAACUCUCUAACACUACAAUUUCAAGAUUAGAACGUGGCAAUGUUUUAUUUCAGCCCCAGGCAGGUGGGGCAUAAUUCCCUAUUACACACACCACACCUUGCUCACAGACCAGCUUUAUGUAGCUUUUACAUACCCAGUACAUUUCCCCAGACUCAUACCUAUAUGCUAAACACUCCCUGAAUUUUUUGCAUGUUUAAAUCACUUCUCAGAGUUUAUUUUCAUUGGAGAGGAGCUCUUAUGAGGGUCUUGGGUAGUCGUUUGGGGAACAUCCCAUUUCUCCAACUAUUUUUUGGUCACAGAUUAAAAAUGCUUCUUCUCUUUGAAUGCAUCCCAUUGCUGGUGUGAUAAAUACAUUUUUUAUUCUUGACUUUACACAAAUACUAAGAUGAAUGCUCUAUGUAUACUGUUAAAAUAACUUUGCUUUUAUUUCUGCUAUUAACAAAAAACUUAGACACAGUAGUAGUUACGAGUGAACUGUCUUUUGGGUCGGGAUAACAUCCAGCGAAGAUGUAAUGAGGAGCCUGCUAUCGAUAUGCCAACUAUCAGCAUCUGCCAUUUGAAGGAAGUAUGUGCCAAGGCCCAGACUGGAAGUGAUAAGGAGAAGGAGCCAAAACCACAGCCAGGAAACACACAUGCUCUAAAAAAGCGGACCCAAGGAGGGGCCAUGCAAAAUAGUUCCUGGAAUAUGUGAACUAGUUGACAGGAAAAUAUGAAUAUAUAUAAGGAUCUAUGAGUAUGCAACAAGCUGAUGUAAUGGAAAAGGUAUUUAAGGGGCGUGCCUGAAUGUAAAGGUGUGCUCUUCACUGGUGCCAAGAUGCACCACACUUUGCUUUACUGUCUUAGUCUCCUAUUGUACUUUAUUAAACUUUUUAAAUUUUCACAGGAGAGUGAAUAUGUUUUUCACACUGUGGUCUGACCAAGAUAUUAGUUUCUAACCAAGGUAUUAGUUUUACCAGUAUUGCUCAGUCUUUAUGGCUGAGAUAACACAAGGCACACAGGACAGAGCCUGUCCGGUAAACCAAAAGGACUUCCAAAAGAUUUAAAUGAACACAAUUUAUGGCAACUUUUUUAUCAACACUGAGACAGCCAACGCUCCUAGCCAGAUAGCCCUGAGAAGCAGGAAGCUGCAGAGAGGGGAAGGAUGUCACUCCCUUGCAAAAGAGAGGAGCCAGCAGCUUUUAGCCCACGGGGUAUCCUCCUCACUGCCCGCAUUCGGUUUCGUUUCCCAGCGGAGCUCUGCUCCCAGCCCUGCCCGGAGCUGCAGCGCCAUGGCCCAGGCCCAGGCUAUGGCCGGGCUGAAGGAGGAGCUGAGAAAAUAUUAUUAACAUAUGGACUCUGAAUAGAAGAAAAGACUGACUGCUGAAAUCUUGGCCUCAGGCGGAAUUUUCCCUAUAAAAACCGCUUGUGCCAGGAUGGAGGUGUGUGGGCAUGGAGGAAAACCUCUGCUGAGGCUGACUCCUUGUUGCACACCCAGGGCCGACCCCGGGCUCGGCCCUGUUCUUUCCUUGUGGCUGGCUAGGUAGAAUUUGCUUGCAAAAUAAAUAUUUUAUUUUUCAUAUGAAUUUGGCUGGACAAAUUUCCAUUUAUAACACAACUUUAUCUCAGCACUGAGACAGGCACAGCCCCUCCCGCGUGUCCCCUGAGGGAGGAAGCUGCAGAGACGGGCAGGAAGACCCUCCCUGGCCAGGGGGAGGAGGCAGCGGCCUUCAGCCCAUUGGGUUAAAGUUCUGUGCUCGUCACUGCUGUGUUUCGAUUAUUUCCCUUCCCGGCAGAGCUCGGCAAGUCCGGCCUGCCCGGAGCUGCAGCGCCAUGGCCCAGGCCCAGGCUAUGGCCGGGCUGAAGGAGGAGCUGACCUGUCCCAUCUGCCUGGAGAUCUACAAGGAGCCCGUGGCCGUGGGCUGCAGCCACAGCUUCUGCAGGGACUGCGUCAAGCAGGCGCUGCGGGCCCAGCAGAGCCCGGCCCGCUGCCCGCUCUGCCACUCGCCCGUCGGGGAGCUGCGGCCCAACUUCCACCUCCGCAGCAUCGUGCAGAGGUUCAUGGAAGCUCCCGCCCAGCAAGAGGAGGAAAAGCAGGACGGGCAAGGCGAGAAGGAGGAGGUCCAGUGCGAUUUCUGCCUCCAGGACCCCCAGCCCGCGGUGAAGACGUGCCUGAGCUGUGAAGCCUCGCUGUGCCAGGCGCACCUGACCAGGCACAACAGCAAGAAGGACCAGAAGGGCCAUGUGCUGGUGGAGCCCUGCGAUGGGCAGCUUUUGGCUGAGAGGAGAUGCCCCCAGCACGGCAAACUGCUGGAGUGCUUCUGUGAGAAUGACUGGCAGUGCAUCUGCGUCCUCUGCUCUGUCAUCUCCCACAAGAACCACAAGAUCAUCAGCUUGGAGGAGGCUUUCAGGGCAGCCCAGGUAUCUUUUCCUGGGACUCUGGAAACACUGAAAAACCAUGAAGCUGCAGUGGAUAAAGCCAUAGCAAACCUGCUGAAACAAAAGGAGGGACUAAAGACUGAUGUGAGCCAGCGGAGGGAACAGCUGGAGAGCCUGUUCAGGGAGAUGUAUACGGAGCUAGAGAAGAAAAAAGGGGAAGUCCUGAAAGUUCUCAGUGACUAUGAGGAAGAACAACUUUCCAAUAUUCAGGCAGAGAUGAAUAAUCACAAGAGCAUGAAGGAGUUGGCCAGCCAGGAUGUUCAGGAGCUGGAGGCUCUGAGAAAUCAGAAGGACACUCUUCUUUUCACCAAGGCUUUUGCAGUGAUGAAAGGCAGGAAAUGCAGGCCACUUCCUAGCAUGGAUGGUGUGAUGGUGCCAAAGCCACUCAUUACUUUGGAUAAAUCAACAACAGAUAAUGUUCUGAGACUUUUCCAACAAUUCCUGUCAAACAUGGAGGUCUCCUUUAAGCAGCCAUCACCUUGGGGAUGCGGAGCAGCACCUACUGGUCCCUCGAUUCUACUUGGUGGUAUACCCUGCUCUGGAUACACGUAUGGAUCUACCUCUGAUUUUUCUUACAACUUUUUCUAACAAAAUACAAAUUCAGUGUCAAUCAUAAUAACAAUCAUAGCAAGGAGGGAAGACAGAGAGAAAAGCCAACCAAAGCUCUCAAUGCACAGCACAAUUGCUCCCCAUCACCUGCUCUCUGAUGUCCAGCCAUGUUGUGGCCAUCUCCCCCCAGUUCUGGUUAUGGUGUUCUGUGGUGUGGAAUAUCCCUUUGGCCAGUUUGGGUCAGCAGCCCCAGCUCUGCUCCUUCGCAGCUUUUUGUGCACAUCCUCACUGGCAGAGCAUGAGGCACAGAAAGCUCCUUGACUCCGGUCUAGCACUGCUCAGCCACUGCCAAACCAUCAGUGUGUUACCAACGUUAUUCCCUACUGAACCCAAAACUGCCAGCUGCUGAGAAGAGAAGUAACUCUCAGGAAUGGAAUUCUCAUGAUUAAAAUGAACCCAGUCCCACUGGACAGAACUCCAGUACACACAGUGACAUCCUAGAGCUGCUGGGAGGAGGACAGCAGCAAGGAGAGCUGCUGGAAGCUUGGGAUUGUUUGUGCCUGGUUUGAACGCUGCUUGCGAAUGCCUCACAAUAACCUCUGUGAGUUCCUUAGGUUGAAGACAACAACAGCAGAAGAAACACUCUCUCUUUUCAAGAUAUGUCCAUCAAGGCUGGACAUCCUGCUAAGAACUUCAGGCUUGCAGAGACAGGAACCAUUCCUUCCAAGUAUCCCAUCCAUGCUGCCAUCAGCGUUUUGGAGCUCUUGCAGUGAUGUGGGGACAAGGUGUUGUUUUGUAUUUCCAGGCCUAGAAAUGGUGAGCCUUGCACGGAGGCUGUGCUGAGCUGGCACAUCAGAAAUUGGAUUGUGGGCUGCUGUGAGAGGGCAUAUCACAGCACCCCUCCUCUUCCUGCAAGAGCUCUUGUUUUAUUUGUUCUGUUAAUCAUAAUGGAAAUACCAUUAAGUUGCUCGGUUUUGUUCAGCUGUUUCAAAUACUGGUUGGCUUCAUGUUAAUAAAGUCACGUUAUUAGCUUGUUAAA